AUGACAUCGGGAAUUCCUUCGAAGCCAACUUCAAGUUCUGCAAAACCAGCAUCUUCAAUUUGGAAGGGCAAGGCUAAGGCGACAGAGGCCGACUACGACGAUCUCACACCAGUGAUCACCUACCGACAUUUAUAUUCUCAGAAUCUUGGCGUGAAGGACCCUCUGCGGGUCGUUGCGCUCUGCGACAGUGACGCUUUCUAUGCGGCGUGCGAACAGGUUCGCCUGGGGAUCGAUCCUUUGAAGCCGCUAGUGGUGCAGCAGUGGGACUCUCUCAUCGCUGUCAACUACCCUGCUCGCAAGUUCGGGAUCACGAGGAUGGCUAAGGUCAGGGAUGCGCGGAGAAUGUGUCCUGAUCUUGUCGUUGUCCAUGUUGCGACGUAUAAGGAGGGUGAAAAGGAGCCUGGGUAUUGGGAGAAUCCGGAUACUCGUACACAUAAGGUGUCGCUUGACCAUUAUCGACGAGAAAGCAUGAAGAUUAUCCAAAUGUUCAAAGAUGGCUUACCAGCCGGAGAGAUCGAGAAGGCGUCAAUUGAUGAAGCAUUCAUUGAUUUUACUCGUCCUGUCCGCGAAGAAAUAUUAAAACGUUACCCAUACCUUGCGCAAGUACCUCCAGAUGCCCCGCAUGGUGCAGACAGCGCGCUUCCACCUCCACCACCUAUAUUAUGGGACAACCUCGGGACAGUCAUACCAAUCACCCCGCCACCACCAGAGUCCUCAAUAGACGGUGCCAAUGUAACGCCUGAAGUUAGUAGGCCUGCGUUAGAAGAGGAGCACGAGAGUGUUCAAGACGACGAUGGAUCGACGACCUGGCAUGACGUCGCACUAUCAAUAGCGGCCGAGUAUAUGGAGAAGAUAAGAGACGACAUCCGGACCAAGCUUGGAUAUACCACUUCUGCGGGAAUCGCACGGAACAAGUUCCUAGCGAAGCUCACUGCAUCCUACAAGAAGCCAAACAGUCAGAGUCUCCUUCGCAAUGCGGCUAUUCCGAAUUAUCUUCGACCGUUGCCAUUCCAGAAGAUCCGGUUUCUGGGCGGCAAACUAGGCAAAGCAUUGGCAGAGCAGUACGAUGUCUCAACGGUCGGUGACCUGCUCACAAUCAGCCUCGAGGAGAUGCAGCGAAAGUUCGGUGAGAACUCAAUCUGGGUUUACGAGAUUUUGCGCGGUAUCGACCGCUCGGAAGUCAAGGAGAAGUCCGUGGUGAACAAGAGUAUGCUUGCGUCCAAGAACCUCCCACAGCCAAUCACACAAACUUCCCAGGGCCACCAUUGGAUCAGAGUCCUCGCAGCGGAAUUAGCGUUACGUCUGAAUGAAGCGCGGGAGUCAAACUCGGCGCUAUGGCCCAAGUCGAUUGUGUUGCAUGUACGGCAAGGCUACGAUACAUUCCGAUCCAAGCAGACUGUAUUCCCGUUCUCGCGGAAUGUCACUGUCGACCUCAUUGCGUCCGCCGGAGACAAGCUGUGGAAAGAACUGGUCGGCACGGAGGAUACGCGUGCGACGCCUAUGAAAAUUACUAAUGUGCAGCUGUCGUUUGCCGGCAUUGAAUCCAUGGAGGUCGGGCAGCGGGGAAUUGAGGUGUUCCUCAAGACACGGUCUCCUUCGGAUGAACAAACGCCGCAGCAGCGGAAGAACGAUGACUCCCCGAAACGCAAGCGGGAUCCACAGGACGAUGCUCCCGCGCCUCCGCCUCCACAGUCGCCGACCCGUGAGGAUGCUGCGUCGUUUGUCUGCGACCAGUGCAAGAAGCUUAUUGCCCUCCCGGACGCCCUUGCCUCCGGCGGUAUCGAUGGUGAGAUCAGAGCGGAAGCGCUUGCACGGCUACGGGUGGAGCACGAUGAUUUCCAUCUCGCGCACGAGCUAGCGAAGCAGUCGUCGGGUGGUGGCUAUUCUUCUCUCCGCCCCACCUCUAGACAAGAACGGAACAGGGGCUCGGGGACGAACGGAGAUAAAGAGAAGAAGCCCGGAGGCAUUGCGACGUUCUUCAAGAAGCGGUGA